AUAGAAUUUAAGUCCUGUACUUAAAUUCAGUUAUCACGGUGCGCUGUACUAUUACAUUGGUUGGUCAUUAGUGAGUUUCAGAAAACUCAAAUUUCAUUGGUGGUUAGUGAACCAUACAAUUUGACGUCACGAUCCUUUUUUAAUUCGGGUCCAACAGGAGAGGCUGCUUAAAUAACUUGUUGUUAUCAGAGGAAAUUUUAUUCAAAAUAUUCAGCAAAAAAUUGUCAGGGAGUAUUUUAUGCUAUAUAAUAAUUUUUGAAAGGAAUUGUUAUAGCUGUACGCACAUUUUAAAACAAGGAGUCGUGCAAUAGAAAAGACAAAUAUUGACGUUGUUUAUCAAAAAACAAGGAUACAUGUACACGUGUGUGGUUCGACCACAUGGCUGAAAUCAAAAACAAAUAUAUUUUUUUUUUCUCUUUCAAAGUUAAUUUUAUUUAAUUUUCUUUAAGUGCCAACAGUUUGGUUUAGAUUUGAGUCUCUUUCAACGGGGAAAAGUAAAGUAGUAAAAACUGAUGUUUACUUUGAAACAAGGAUACAUGUAACUGACCUACAGAAGCACAUGGCGAGCACAUGGUUUAUUGAAUUUUCUUUCAAUGAUUUUCCGUUGCCGUUGCUAACUUUCAAAUAUAAAUAAAUGGUAAAUAAUGCUUCUUGGUAACAUGUUAGGACUACCAGAAUUAGAAAAAUAUUUUAUCUGGCGAGUUUUGAAAUAACCUUUCGUGUUGGUAUGCGAACCGGAGCCAUUGCAAAAUAUUCAAUUCGUUGAUUAAUUGUGUCCAUUAUCAUGUGAAAGGAGAAUAUCAUCGUGGCUACACGCCUACAUUAAUGUGUUUCAAUACUUGAAUUUAUAAGACGAGUCCUGGUCCGCAUACUUAAUUUAUUUAUUGUUUAUUUACACACUUAAUGGAAUGUACCCAGAAUGCUUUGUAUUGUUAUCAAAUAUGUAGUUCAAAGUACUGAGUUCUAUCACUUAAAAUCUGAAGCAAACUUUAUACAUGGUUUCAGAUGUGGGAACGUAUGCAUUACAUGUAUGCAUAUUAUUGCAAAACUUCUGUUCGAGGAACAAGAAUCCACCUUAAUAAUAAAUACACUAGUCUCCGUUGUUUCGCCUUCUAUGAAAGAGUUUCUCCGGUGUACAAGAGGAGUCAUGUCAGCACAGCUCAGGCGGUCUGCCAGGAAAAGGAAAAAUUUGCCAAUACUGGCUGCUGCAUCAGCAAGGAAAAAGGUUAACCAGAGAGUACCUGACACUAUGUCAGUAACUGCACCACAGUUGCCUACACUUGAUACUGGUACACCAUUCAUACCCAUUACUAGUUCUACUGGUACAUACCCAAUGUUGUUUUCACAGACAGGGGCAGGCAUAUAUACCAGCGCAAGUACAGGGCCAGUCGAUUUGACAAGCACAGCUAAUACCCUGUUAUACUCAAGAGUACCACUACCAGACCAAAGAGUGUGCAACACUGUUACCAGUCAAGAUCCUCCAGAACAUUCCUUAGGUAAUACUAAUGGUGCCUCAAGUUUUACAAUGCCAUUUAGUACUUUUGAUCACCCUAUUCAGAUACCCAGCAUGCAUGCUAAUAUUGCUUUUAAUGUUUCUCAAAGUAUCAGAGAAAAAAUUAUGAAAAGUGAAUUUAUUGAUUUAGGCAUUUUGUUAAUUAACAAUACUCAGCAGGCUACACAAAAGCUUGUUUUUAGAGGAGGUGAAUUUAUUGUGCAAACAGAAAAUAUGCAAAACAAAAUUGGGUCUAUUGACCAAUGGACAUCAGCAUUUAUCAUUUUUGUUAGUAUAUAUAUAUUGUACUGUGCAUUCAGGUAGAUUACAAGAAUUACUUAAAUACAUGUCAGUUGUACGUUUGGGCGCAAAAAGAAAUCCUAAUAAUUUAGGUUGGAAGUUAUAUGAUGAGCAAUUUAGGUUGCGAAAAACACUGGAUCCAGCAAGUUCAUGGGCUAUAGUAGAUCCAGAGCUUUGGUUAUUAUAUAUGGCUGAUAGUAUUGGCACACAAAAUUUGGAAGUAAAUGUAGUUUCUUCUGGUUACAAUACAUUUUCUGCUAAUAGAAAUGUGGUUAAAACGCCAAAGUGCUAUGCCUUUAAUUAUAAGGGCAAAUGUUUCAAUUCAUUUUGUCAAUAUAGUCAUGCAUGUAUACAAUGUCAUGGUGUUCACUCAGUUAUAAACUGUCAAUUCAAGCAAUAUAAUUUGCCUUCGCAAAUAAGACCAAAUCAACAGCCAGAAAGACCCCAGCAGGGAUACCAGAAGAUUUAAACAUUAAUUUCAAACUAUAAUUGGGUCCCUUGUAGAUAGUUCAGUUGCCCAAAGUACAUGUACCUAAAACAACAUAUCAAAGAGGUGUAUUGGCCUUUAAUGAGUUCAGAAAUUGUUUGGUUUAUAAAUGUAUGACCAUUACCAUUGUAUGAAUUGUGCAAUUUUAUAGCUAUUUGUUUCAAGCAGUUACUCGCAUUUCUCUAUCAAGUGUUAUUUAGCAGUGAUAAUUUUUUUUUUUUUCCAGUAGUUUGAAUGUCUUGGGAGAUUUUACAAAAAUUGAUUAUAAAAAAUGAUGGAGGGAGUUAACCGGUCAAGGCCAAAUUAGGGAUUCAAGAUUGCCUAUUACCAAAGAAUUAUUUCUAUUAAUAGUUAAAUUCUACCGUUUAUUAUACCCCGCUUUAAAAAAGGGGGGUAUACUGUUUUACCGAGCUGUCCUUCCAAUGAAUAUUUUUCGUCUCAUUUUUUUCAGAAACUACAAUACAAGGAUUUCUGAAAUUUGGUUUCAGGGUUUAUCUAAGUCAGCUAUACCGUGUGAUGCGUUUUCAGAUUGAUCACUUGACAACUUCCUGUUUACCGAACACUUGUAUGAUUUUACACAUGAUAGCCAAGUUGAAAAUUUUCGUCACAUUUUUCUCAACAACUACAAUACAAGGAUUUCUGAAAUUUGGUUUCAGGAUUCAUAUAAGUCAGCUAUACCGUGUGAUGCGUUUUCAUAUUCAUCCCAUUCACUUGUUUGUUCCUCCAGUUAUGCAGUUAAGUUGUUUAAAGCUGCCUUCUCGUUAGCCAAUCAUGGUCUUUUGAGAUAGGAGAAUUAGUUUUGUUUUGUGUUUUUGUCUCGGUGAUAUAAAUACAAUAUUGUACCCUUGACAAACUUUGUAUAAUUGAUCUUGUGAAAAUUUUUACUGUAGAUAUAUACAGUUUUUUACGAUUUUUUGAGCAACUUUUCUAGUAGUUACAUGUAACUUGAAGUUUGCUUUGAUUUAUUGUGGAUGUAUUUGGCUCACAGCUUGGCAGCGAACCUCCAUUUUAUGGCGGUUGACAAUGAAUCAUUAUUCUGUUUCACUGUCAAUCUGGCAUAAUUCGCUGCAUCAAAAAACAUUUUGUUUUAUGAAUAGGAUCAUUUACUACAGAUCUAGAUGAACAAUGUAAGGGUUUCGAUCCAUCACCUGUGUUCCCACGGUGAUUUCCAAAUUGUUUUAAUCCUAUCUUCAGUUACCAUUAUCUGUGGUAGUAAUUUAUAUAUAUAUAUAUGACAGUACGGUUGCCAUAAUCAGCAAUAUGCGGGUAACCUCAUUUUUCAGUUAUAUACAACAUGUAUAAAUUAUGAGAAUAAUAAUAUUAAAGGCUGUGGCCAAAUACUGCCAAUUUGUUGUUUGGUUUUAAUAAGCAUCUGGGAUAAUAGAAUUUAAGUCCUGUACUUAAAUUCAGUUAUCACGGUGCGCUGUACUAUUACAUUGGUUGGUCAUUAGUGAGUUUCAGAAAACUCAAAUUUCAUUGGUGGUUAGUGAACCAUACAAUUUGACGUCAUGAUCCUUUUUUAAUUCGGGUCCAACAGGAGAGGCUGCUUAAAUAACUUGUUGUUAUCAGAGGAAAUUUUAUUCAAAAUCCCUCCCUCCUCCCAAAAUGUAUAUUUAUUGUAAAUACAAUUUAUUAGAAUAAGAUACUGCCUGUGUUGUAAUUUAUAAUUUCAGGUGAUGUUUCAGUUGUCAUUUGUUUGAACACCUAUAUGUAUUUGGCCAAUUGGACAGACAGGACCUGUGAAGAAGUCUGAUCGAAGUUAUCAAACCUUCCAACAAGACUUUGAAUUUAUUAGGCCUGUGAUUUGCAUAAUUCGCUGCAUCAAAAAACAUUUUGUUUUAUGAAUAGGAUCAUUUACUACAGAUCUAGAUGAACAAUGUAAGGGUUUCGAUCCAUCACCUGUGUUCCCACGGUGAUUUCCAAAUUGUUUUAAUCCUAUCUUCAGUUACCAUUAUCUGUGGUAGUAAUUUAUAUAUAUAUAUAUGACAGUACGGUUGCCAUAAUCAGCAAUAUGCGGGUAACCUCAUUUUUCAGUUAUAUACAACAUGUAUAAAUUAUGAGAAUAAUAAUAUUAAAGGCUGUGGCCAAAUACUGCCAAUU